AUAAAAGGCUUCAGGGAAGCUAGCUAAAACUCCAGAGGGAAAGCACUUUGUACCACAGACGGAUAGGGAGAGGGAGAGAAAGCAGAGAGUGGCAGGAGAGAGACUGAGCUGAAGUGAGUGAGAGAAGAGCAGAAAGUUUGUGUACAAAGACUCCCCCCACCUCGAGUAAUGUUUCACCUGAUAGCUUUGGUGAUAAAGGAUUGAGGGAGCUGCUUACUUUUGUACUUAGAGCUUGAGAGUUAGAGGAAAGUUAGCAGUGGUUCUGCUUCAGUUUGAGAACUGCAAGCAGUUGGCAGUACAGCUGUCUCUCUCUCUCUUGCUUUUUAAAGGACUGAAAAGGGCUACUAGUUAAGGGGGAAAACAGUUUGACAGACUUUCUGAAAAAAUAAAAGCGGUUCAGGGUGGAAGGACUUUCACGCUGGCUUUUUGAGUUUCUAUUUUUUUUUAAACCCUGCUUUGGUGCAUAGCCAAUUUUCUGUGAGGAGAUAGGGGCACAAUGGGUUUUUAAGAAGCACCUUGCAUUUUGCUUUAUUUUAUUAAUGAGGACACAGGGCAUGACCAGGGAGCUCAAAGGAAGCUUUUGAAGAUCAGCAGGAGGAAAAGAGAUGGGUCUGUUAAGCGUGGACCUGUUGAUCACACUGCAGAUCCUGCCGGUUUUCUUCUCCAAUUGCCUCUUCCUUGCACUCUAUGACUCGGUGGUCCUCUUGAAACACAUGGUGCUUCUCCUGAGUCGCUCCAAAUCUGCACGUGGCGAGUGGCGAAGGAUGCUGACAUCGGAGGGGCUGCGCUGCGUCUGGAAUAGCUUCCUCCUAGAUGCCUACAAACAGGUGAAACUGGGUGGAGAAGCUCCUAACUCCAGUGUGAUUCACAUUGCUAAUGGCACUGAUGAGAGCACCACCAGAUGGAAAAGCUCCAGUGGGAAGUAUGGAACUGAAUGUCACCUUCUAGACUUUGCCUCUUCAGAGCGUCCAUUAGUGGUCAACUUUGGCUCAGCUACCUGACCCCCCUUCACAAACCAGCUGUCGGCUUUUGGCAAGCUGGUGGAAGAGUUCUCCAGUGUGGCUGACUUUCUGUUAGUCUACAUUGAUGAGGCUCACCCAUCAGAUGGCUGGGCUGCUCCUGGUAUCUCAUCCUCCUUCGAUGUAAAGAAACACAGGAACCAAGAAGACAGAUGUGCAGCUGCUCACCAACUCCUGAAGCGUUUUGCUUUGCCACCUCAGUGCCAGAUUGUUGCAGACUGCAUGGACAAUAAUGCCAACGUGGCCUAUGGGGUCUCCUUUGAGCGUGUGUGUAUAGUACAAAGACAAAAAAUUGCCUACCUGGGGGGCAAGGGUCCCUUUUUCUACAAUCUCCAAGAAGUUCGACUUUGGUUGGAGCAGAACUUUAGAAAGAGAUGAACUUCAGACAACUUCAGGAAGAAGUGAAAUUAAAACUUACUGGAAGAAGCUAGGUUGAUAGUACUCUCCCUCUAGAAUGAUUCAGAAGGGAAACUGUACUCUGUUUUGAAUAGGCUCCUUUUUGGCCUGUGAUAGAGAAGACAAGUCUAAUGACAAGGUCAAACAAACACAACAGACAAAAAAAAAUUCCAUAGUGUGCUUGAGAACUGAAUCCCCCUUGCCUGCCCAACAGGGGUUGAGAAUGUUUUUUUACCUUUAAGGUUGCUAGAUGGUUGAGAUGAUAUAUCUAUGCUUUGAGUAGGUGAUUAUUGUGUCUGAUGCAGGAAAGCACUGCUUCCCAAAAACAGAAACAACCCCCCCCUCUCCAGUUCAUUUUGGAGGCUCAGCCGUGACCCAAGACCAAGGAGUAUCUCUUUAUCCACUGGUAUUUGAGAUAUGCGGUUGUCGUAAAAUAAGACUUUUUGUGAUAGAGAGGUAUGAUGUUAUAGAUUAUACAAAUUCCAGCAUCUACAAACUGGCUAGUUGGUCAGUUGUCCCCUUAUUCAUUGCAACUAGAAACUUGUGUUCACAACUAGAAAACUUUCUUUGCAAUAUAGUCUAGCUACAAUCCUGUAACCUUUUAAAUCUAGAGCAGACUAAUUGAUACCAGAUGAUGGAAUAAAGGGUUCUAAGAUUUCAGGUUAUGUAGUCACGUUUGAGCCAUUUAACUGUGGUUUCAGGCUCUAAUGGAGUAUUAAAGAUUUUAUAGUAGUCGCCAGUGUGGAAAUGACUCAAGCUAUUUUUGGAUCUCAGGUCACACCCUGCAAACUAGUUUCCUUAUACUGUGGUGGCAGUGGAGUCCAUUGUGCAUCAGACUGAUUCAGACAACCCCUAUGCCUAUCAAAGUGUGUGACCCUGCAUCGGCAAAUGAGUCUUGUGUGUGUUGUUUCGGGGGUAAGAAAACCUAAAACAGUGCUUCUGAACCCAUAAGUAAGAGCCAUGGGAACAUGUCUUUAAAGCCACACAAUAUUUUUUUUCCUGUUACAGAGCUAAUUUAAUGUCGGGAAUAACAGAUAUAAACUCAGUGGGAAGUCACUGUAAGAGAGUCUCUAUGUUGGACAGAGGAGAGAAUUAUUGUGCAUGCUGCAGUCCUUAAGAGGAGCAAUAGGAAGAAAAGUACAGAAUAAAGGCAGAGCAGAUGGGGAAAUGGGCAAGAAAGAGUCUGUUGCAGAAGAUCCCACUUCAACACUUCCAACAUUGGGACUGCUCAGACUUACCACUGUUUUAUCAAGUGCAAGUGUUUGCAGUCACACAAGUCCUAGACUAGAGCUGACCUCAGCUAAUGCUAGCCCUGAAUGCAUGGAAUUGAAACAGUUUAUUUAUCAGUGUGCUUGCUUCCUUUUCUAAAGAAAACAGUGACAACCCAAUGCAGUUAGAAUUAGUGUUUAGGCCUUUUUAAAAAAUAAUAAUAAUUUAUUGCAUUUGGUGUAUGCAGAAGGUGUAUUUUUGUGUAAGGGAUGAAGAAAGGGGAGGGGGUUAUACACCACUUUACCUCAUUGGUAUUGAAACAUUGUCCAUUAGUUAAAUGUGGUUUGCGUCGAUUUAUUUCCCCCUUUGCACCUAGAAGCCUGCAAUUAGUUUUUAAUCAUAUUAGUUUGCUGAGGUUAGUUCAGCAUGAAAAAGACUUCAGCCACAGGGCUAUUGAACUGCAGUGCUGCGGCAGAUCAGUGCCUUUGCCCAUCUUCCAUGGCUUAUGAAACAUUCCUGUUUGUGGCAGAGCCACUGCCCUUGUUCCUUACUAAGAUGUGUUUGAAGUGAACUAGUUUUGUGAAUGGGUUGGAUUUUUAUGAGAGCAGGAUAAUGUGAAGUUGUUUUGGAAAAUGGUGACAUUAGGAGUGCUAUCCAGCCUGGGAAGUCUUCUGCAUAGGGUUGCCAGCUUUGGGUUGGGAAAUACUAGGGAUGCCACCCAUGGGGGAUAGGGGGGCAGGAUUGCCAGAUCCAGAUUGGGAAACUCCUGGAGAUUUAGGGAUGGAGCCUGGAGAGGACCUCAGUGGGGUACAGUGUCAAAGCCUCCAAAGUAUCCAUUUUCUCUUGGGGGACUGAUCUCUGUAGUAUGGUGAUGAGCUGUACUUCCAGGGGAUCUUUAGGUUCCACCUGGAGGCUGGCAUCCCUAGGAAAUACCUGGAGAUUUUGAGGGUGGAGCAUGGGAAAGGCAGGGUUGAGGGAGGGGGGGGAUCUCUGCAGAGUACGCCACCUUCCAAAGCAAUCAUUUUCUCCAGAGGAACUGAUCUCUAUUGUCUGGAGAUCAGUUGUUAUAGCAAGAGAUCUUCCAGCCCCAUCUGGAAGCUGGCAGCCAUACUUUUGAACAUGAAAUGAAUAAGAAAUGCACAAGAGCACUAGGUAAGAAAAUAUCCUCAUGGAUUGUCAAUUUGGUUUUGAAGUAUUCUUUCUUUUUGUGUAACAUGAAGAUUAGGAAGGAAGGCAGAUGGCCCACAAGCCUAUUUUCCUUGAUUGUUUUUUUCCCAAAAAAUGCAAAACAGCAAACAAUAUAAUCAGUGUUGAGCAUUCAGCAAUGCUUAAAGUCCCCCCGCCCCCCCCCAAGUUGACAACGUUGCUUUAUUCCUAGUUUCGGCUAAUGCAGAAAGGCAUGCUUUAGAACGUGCUUCUUCAUAGUGCAGGUAUGUAAACUUGACAGUAAGGUAUGAAUGCUAUUUUGCUGAUAUUCACCUGCAUUCCUUCCCUUCCUUCUAUGUACACAGUGCACAUGGGCACACAAAUACUGGUAAAGGACUUCAGAGAAGCUGUGGGCAAAUGAACUUUAGAAAGCAGGUUGCUGAAGGGUGAAGAGAAGACUUGUUUUCUUAUAGCCUAGGAUUUUGUACAGAUAUAAGGAAUAAGCAAAGGGAGGAAAGAGGGACAGUGGCGGGGACCAUAGACCUUUUAGCAUGGGGUGAAGAAGGUAUUGCUACAAGAAGUUUAUGGACAGGAAGCAUGCUGGUCUUUUCUCAUUGUAUCCAGCUGACACAAGACCUUUUGCUUGGCAAAUACAUCCAGAUGUGUGCUUUAUAGAUAAUCUCCCGGUGUGUGGAUUUCUUAGCAGUCUUUAAUUUUAAAAAAGUUUCCUUUUGUAGAUUUUUAUACAUAUUUGUUCUUGAAUGUUGGUUUGAUUCUUGUAAUGUCCUGAAAGAAAGGAAUUCUCAAAAUAACAGCAAGUUUCAAACCAUAGCUACUCAGAUGUCCCAUUGAUUUCAGUGGGGCUUACUUCUAGGUGAAAUUUUUUUGGGGGGCGGGGGUCGUUUAAACCUAAUUUACUGAACCCAGCUUCUUGUUUCAGAUAGCCUACAGGAUGGAACGCUGGGGAAGAUUUUUAAAAAAUUCAUUUCUGGUUGAUGUCAAAACAGUUUGUGAGGAUUUUUGACCCAAACAAUCAAAUAAAUCCUUAGAAACUCAGGGUAUGAUGGAAUAAAUAUUGAACUCUUACAUCCCAUUCAUUCAUGUGCUCUGUUUUGCCACUGAUCUCAAUGGGGCUAAUCUUGGGGGGAUUACCCUUGUUUACUUUUAUCUGAGGCAUAGCUCAAUGGAAGAACAUCUGCUUCACAUGCAAAAGUUCUCAGUUCAAGGAUCAGUUUAAGGAUCACAGAGCAGGAGAAAUGAAAGACAACUUAGAGUAGAUGAAGUAAACUAGGUAUGUUCAUCUUGUCUGGGGUAACUAGAAUGCCCUUGUCAGUAUUUAAAAUCCACAUGUAAUACUUGUGUGACCAAAAGCAGUCACAAGUUUGAAGGCAUUUGAAAAGACCAACAGAGAUGUUAUCUUUAUCUAUAGUGGCCAUUAGUGUUGUCUUAAUCUGUGAUAGGCCUUUAGACUCUUCGGCUUCAAUCCUGUUCACAUUUACCAAGAAAGAAAUCCUUUUGUAAGUAUAUAGGACUGCCACUUGCUUUUGCUGCGCCAGAUACCUCUGGAUAUCUGUGAAAUCUGUUCAUUGGAUUCAUUCAUACCACCCAGAAUAAUUUUCUUUGAUCACUUUAAAAUUAGUUGUCAUAUCUGCCCACUGAAUGUUCCCUUUUAUUUCCUUGUUAAGGAAAAUGGGGCAUUCAGUGAGAUUUUUAUUUUUCUUACUUCAUACAAUCACAAUCUUGUUUUAUUUUUUCUCCCUAAGUCCCUUCACAUUUCUGAUCACUUUCAUCCCUAUCUGUUUCUUUGGUAAAUGGUUUCUUUUCAUGUUGCGGAUAGAAACAAAGAAGACAAAGAGAAUGACUAUUCUGGAUGGAGCCACAAAUUGAUUUACAUUUUUAAGCUAUCCUUUAUAUUCCUUCGCUGUGUAUUUCUCAAACUUUUCAAAAAUAAUUUUGUCAAAACUUCCCUUUCCUUCUCAUUUGUAUAUCUUGGAAAGAAAACCAACUAACACAUUCCCUGUGACUGUUGGAACAUACCUUAAACUCACUAGAGGGAUUGUGAGUGACUAAACUCUAAUACCAAUUUGCAUAUCUAAAGUCACAGCAAUUUUGCAUGGCUGUUUUCUUCUUUUUGGAUUUCUAUUAUGCUGUCCUUUUUGUGUGCAAAAUGUUUGUUAUUCAUAGCUGUGUGUUCUUCACACAGUGUGAGGAUUAGAAAACCAGCUUCUGUCAACAGAAAAUCCAUUGGCUUUCUUUCUCUCCCAACAACACAAAUCUUUGACCCUUUCCACUAACUUAAUUAUGCCCAUCAACCUACAGAAUUAUUAUGACAGGAAUGCAUUUUGUUUAAAAAUUGUAUAAGAAAACAGCAGACCAAAAGCCAGAGGAAGUUAUAUUUUUUCCUUUAAAAAAGGAA